CUCCACAUCUCCCACUCAAAUUUUCUUCUGAUUACAUAUACACAGAUUUUGAACUGUUUCUGUGGAUACAGUUAUUUUGUGAUCUGUUCUUGCAUUGCACCAUAGGCAUUCAAUUAUGGAGAAGAAGGUCAUUGACCGUUUCUACCACGAACAUCCUUUGAUUCUCAUUGAAAAUGUGAGUAAUGACGAGACUCCAAAUUGUUACGGGUGUGGUAUUCCCGUGAAUGAUUUGGAGGUGGCGUAUGUUUGCACGGUGCAAAAUUGUUCGAAUAGGAUUAUCCUCCACAAGAAAUGUGGAGAAUUACCUAGCCAAAUUUUGCACCCUAAACACCCUGAGCAUCCCCUUUACCUAUUUGAUUACCACCGUUCAUUGGGUCUCUGGUGUGAUAUGUGUACGUGUGAUCUUGGUAAGAUGCUAGGGUACCAGUGUUCAAGUUGUAUGUUCGACUUCGACUUAAGAUGCAAAAGGAUAAGUAUUGAUGAUAUAUUAGAGGGGGAGAGACAAAUUGAACACCCGAGUCACCCUAAUCACCCUUUGACACUAAUGAGGAAGCCCUUAUUUUCAUUUUAUUGUGAUGGUUGUGGCGUCAAUGAUGUGGACAUGGUUUACAUAUGCUCAACAUGUGAAUUUAUGAUACACAAAAGUUGUGCAUCGUUGCCCCUCCUUCUCCCCAUAAAUCUCCGAUACCACCACCAUCGUCUUUCUCUUGCCUUCAUUUUUCCAAUGGAAUAUCGCAAAUAUAUAUUCAAUUGUGAUGUCUGUUUCAAAAGAUUAGAUAGAACAAGUUGGGUGUAUUUUUGUGGUGAUUGCAGAUUCUUUGCUCAUAUCAGGUGUGUUGCAUCCACGACUACGGAGAUAGCAGACGAAGACUCAAAUUUAGGCGGAGAUGAUGAUGGUUUCGAUGUGGUUGAAUUUCCGCUACAUGCUCGUGACAUAUCGAAGGAGUUAAUCACACCUUUCGUGAUGAGAGAAAAAGGGCUUAACAACAUCCCGGAUGUAGCAGACAUGCCAGCAACAGUGAAGAUGCCGGAGACCACAGCAAGGUUUUCAUUUUUAUUCAAUUAUCACAACCAUCCGUUGAGUUUGGUUUCUGAGUUGCCUCAUAAAGAUGACGAAGUUGAUCACAACGAUAUAAUGGAUGCGAGAGGCGAAGAUGAUGUGUUGAAGAUAUGCGAUGUGUGUGUAACACCUAUAUCUUCUCCUCCCUACUACGCGUGUGCUGCUACUGCUUGCAUGUAUUUUGUACACUCUAUUUGCUAUUUGUUACCCAAAACAUUAUCCUCGUCAGCAGCAGCACCGUCGUUGUCUCCUUACCUAUAUUGUAAAUGCCCAGAACCACAUUAUAAAACCCAUAGAUUCACACUCUAUACAAGCUCAGAAUUAACGGAUAUGGACGAUUCCUGUCAAACUGAUUUUUGCCAUGGCUGCACAUAUUAUUUCAACAACUCUGUAGCAUACUGUUGCAGCAGCAGUGACUGUGACUUUGCGUUGCACGUGGAAUGUGCUAUGCUGCCAGCGAGCAUAACAAGGCGUGAGUGGAACGAAUGCCAUCCUCUGGUGUUGGAGUUCCAUGCCUCCUUCGACCAUCCCUCCGACUUCAUUUGUGAUUUUUGCGAGGAAGAAUUGCAUCCCAGGAGGUGGAUGUAUCAGUGUCGCCCAUGCGACCUUUCUUUCCACCUUUUGUGCCUCGACACUGCAUCCGGUGGGUAUAGGAACAUCAAAUUUGGGCGCCGAUUUGUGUUGGACGGGAUUCACCGGAAUCACCCUCUCACAUUCAAUUGGAUCACUAUCAAGAGAAGAUGUGAUAUUUGUCAUAGGAAUGUGUAUAGCUAUUGUGGGUUAGAAUGUGCACCAUGUUACUAUGUUGUGUGCAUGGGUUGUGCUAGGACAGAGUUGGCUAAAAUGAUGUACUAAUAUUCUUCAUAUCA